GAUUUAUCUCUGGAGAUAGGGUUUCAGACUGUAAGAUAACCCCCCACCACAUACACACAGCGCCGGCACUGCCCCUCCUUCCUUUUAAACUAGCCCUCGAGUGUGGAGCUGUGCUUUUGGGUGCCGGACAGAAAGGAGAGCCUUGUGAUUCCCUCUGUUUCCUGCUUUCAGACAGAGUGCGGCCCAGCAUGGCUGGGGCAGGGGGCAGUGGAUUGGAGGUCCUGCUGUCCACACUGCAGCAGAAUCCCAGUGACACUGAAGGCACUCUCACUAUUCUUAAUGUUUUGGAUGAGCUGCUUUCUGCUGGGACUGAUCGCAGGAUCCACUACAUGAUCUCCAAAGGUGGAAGUGAAGCUCUCCUCCAGACCCUGGUGAACACUGCCAAAGCCCUCUCUCCCAACUAUACUGUCCUAUUGCCCCUGCUGCACCUUCUGGCCAAGGUUGGACAUAGAGACAAAAAGAUUGGCCAAAAAGCAGAGAAGGUAGAAGCUGUUCUCUUGGUCCUGAAUUUGCUGAGGCUGAACAUACAUUAUCCGAAGAGGGCUGCAGCUUGCCUAUGGGUGCUCAGAGUCUUCUGUUCCUGUGUUUCAGCAGCUGCUCUGCUUGGCAAAAACAGGGCCCUGGAUGUGGUGUUUAAACUCAUAACUCCUCACUCCAAGAAGCACACACGUAUGAUCAAGGCAGCAAUAGAUGCACUCGCAGCACUGUUAAAUUCAAAGUCCAACGUCCGCUGCACUGUGGGCAGGGGCUACAUCUCUGCCCUGCUGAAGCUGUACGAAGACUGGCACCUGAAGGACACGGACAACAGGCGUGUGCCCAUCCGUCGGGCCCUUCUACACUGCCUGCACCACGCCACCAGCCUCCCCAUGGGCAGGAGCGCCCUGAUGGAGCAGGGGGGCAUGCGCCUCCUCUUCCACACCACGCAGGCCUGCCUGGCAAAUCAGGCUCUGGAAUCGUUGGUGAUGUCCGCUACCCAGCUGAUGAGGAAGUGCUACCCCAAAUGCCCCUUUCCGCUCUCUUCUGACCAGAGUGUCUACAGCUUUCCCCUGCCUGGCAGUCCUCCCUCAGGUGCUGACAAUGCACCAUGCCCACAGGAUGGUGACGUGGAAGAGGAAAGUGAUGAAGAGAAAAAUGAUGAACUGGAGAGUAAGGAAGAAGAUGACGACUUGGAGACAGAUUUGACGCUGUUGCGCAUGAAGCCGGAGCCAGAUCGCACCCUGGAACAGCUGGGACAGUAUGUCAGACUGUGUCCAGAGCUGCACCAUGACUUCAAGGAUCUCGACUCAGACUCAGAGGCUGAGGACAGUUCGGAUGAGGAUGGUUUACUCGAUAUGGAAUUUGACCCUCGUCACCAAGACUGCACUGGCGACAGAUUAGCAGAAAGGAGGCUGAGAUGCAGUGAGGCUCUGAGGACACCUGAAGGCGCCUAUGAUACCCCCAGAAAACAAGGAGAUCUCCAAGAACAAAAUAAAGCCUCCAGCCCAGAGGGAGGCAGUGGAAAAGGAGUGGCCCAGCUGAACGCCCUGGACGUCCACAGGCAGUACCUCAGCAAUGGAGCAGACAGGCAGGAGGGCCGCAGCCUGGUCGACACACUCCUGGAGAGGCAUGGAGCCACCAUUUUCCACCACGAUCCUCGGCUCUAUGCCACCACUGCUGUCAACACCAAGUCCAUCGCCAGAUACUCCGUUCUGGCCUUCCCAGACUUCUGGGGCCACCUGCCACCACCCUACAGGCAGCCAUGUGCGGAACGGAAGGAAGGAGUUCAGAGAAAGAAAGUGUUUGAAGAUAUCCAGCGCCUGCUGUGCCCUGAGGAUAUCAUCAAUAAGGUGGUUUUUGAUGUGGAAUCUGACAGCUUGCAGAGCCCUGCAGAUGAUCCUGACUCCCUCCGGUUCUACUCCCAGUUCGAGUCGGGAAACCUGCGGAAAGCAGUUCAAGUCCGCAGGUGUGAGUAUGACCUGAUUCUGAACUCAGACGUCAACAGCUCCAGCCAUCACCAGUGGUUUUACUUUGAAGUCAGUGGAAUGAAGGCUGGACUGCCCUACCGAUUCAAUAUCGUCAACUGUGAGAAAGUCAACAGUCAGUUUAAUUACGGAAUGCAGCCUGUCCUGUACUCUGUGCGAGAAGCCCUGGAGGGCCGGCCUCACUGGGUGCGAACGGGCAGUGAGAUCUGCUAUUACCGAAACCAUUCCUGUCAAUGCACUCCACCAGCCCGAGGUCAGAAAAGUCACCCUUACUACACCUUGACCUUCACUGUGACCUUUCAGCAUGAAGAUGACGUGUGCUAUCUGGCUUACCACUACCCAUACACCUACACUGCUCUUCAGACCCACCUGCAGCUCCUGCAGCAGUCGGUGGACCCCAGCAAGGUGUUCUUCCAGCAGCAGACCCUGUGCGCCACCCUGGCUGGGAACCCAUGUCCUCUCGUCACCAUCACGGCCUGCCCAGCGGUGCGCAGCUGGAAGCACCUGCACCAGCUCCGUAAUCGCCCCUGCAUAGUGCUGACAGCUCGGGUCCACCCGGGAGAGAGCAACGCCAGCUGGGUGAUGAAGGGCACUCUGGAGUUCCUGUGCAGCACAGACCCUGUGGCAGAGAGCCUGCGCGAGACUUACAUCUUCAAGAUCAUCCCUAUGCUCAACCCUGAUGGGGUCAUCAAUGGAAUGCACCGCUGUUCCCUGAGUGGAGAGGACCUGAACAGGCAGUGGCUGAAGCCAGACCCGACUCUCAGCCCUACAAUAUACCACACCAAAGGCUUCCUCUACUACCUCAACAGCAUUGGGAGAGCCCCACUGGUAUUCUGUGACUAUCACGGCCACUCAAGGAAGAAGAACGUCUUCCUGUAUGGCUGCAGUGUGAAGGAGACCCUCUGGGAGUCUGGUGUGCCUCUCCAUGCCUUGAUUUUUAAGGAGGAUCCUGGAUACCGGACUCUUCCUAAAGUCCUGGACAGAAUUGCUCCGGCCUUCUCAUUCAACAGCUGCAACUUCCUGGUGGAGAAGUCGCGCGGGUCCACAGCUCGGGUGGUUGUGUGGAGAGAGAUGGGGGUCCAGAGGAGCUACACCAUGGAGAGCACCUACAACAGCUGUAACCAGGGAGUCUACAAGGGUCUGCAGCUUGGUACCCGGGAGCUGGAGGAGAUGGGGGCAAAGUUCUGCCAGAGUCUGCUGUCUCUGAAAGGGAACACUCUGCUCUACAGCAAGAAGCUCAUUAAACACGCUUCUGCGCUUCUCAACCUGGACGACAACAUCCUAGAUCACAAGUCCCACAGCUCAUUUGAAGAUGAUGAGCCUCCUUGUGUGGAGGAGAUCGAGUAUCAGAGUGACGGGUGUGGAGAGCACAGUGGGGAUGAGCUGGAUGACGAGGUCAACGGGAACACGGAAAGCUCCGAUGAGGAAGAUGAGGAGCAUGGAAGCGGCCGCUUUGCCACCAUCAGAAAUGGCCUGCUGUCCUGUGACAGGAAGCCCUGCCCAUUCCCGAAGUUGCCACAACCACCCGCUCUAGAAACGCUUAACACGAAUAGGAAUGCCCACGGCAGUGUUAACAUUUCCAGCAACAAGUACUUGAGUUAAAGGUUUACAUCUGUAUAGUUCAGGUCUGCCAUUUAAUGUGCAAUACUAUACAUACACAAGGCCUGGCUUCAGUCUUCAAUAGUUUAGCACCUAGAGUAGCUAUGAAACACAUAUAUUUAGUACAUAUUGCCAAUUUUGAAUGUAAAACAUCCUACUAUAUGUCCUUCCUUGAGCUCUCUUUAUUGUACAAAGUGUUUAUUUUUUAAGCAGGCAGUAUAAAAUUGCUAGUUUUGGGUGCCUUUUUUAUAUUAAUAUAGAUAUACAUAAUUAAAAAUAUUGAAACAUAUGCAUGGACAAUACAAUAAAAGGGAAGCCACUUUAAAAGGGAAAUUUAUUCUAAAAGAAGAAUCUGACACAAAUCACAAUAAACCGCUGUCCCCAUCAUACGAGGUCAUGGUGUAAUAAUUACACAGUAAAACAUCUCUGUGUAAUGCCACAAUACCAGUCUCAAAAAUCAUUCCUCUCAGUGUAGAAAAGAUGUUGUUUUUCAGGACAGAGAAGUGCUCACUUGGCUUAUUCUGACACCCACUGCAGAGGCUGUCAACUACAGAUGCUGCCACUCAAGAAGGCGUGUCAUUUCUUAGAAACAUGGCACCUGUAACACAGCGUGGCACAGUACAUUAUAUGAUUUACUGGCCAAAGACGAUCAAUAGGUGGCACUUGUGGUGCAUUAGAAGUUAGUAAAAUGGUUGCUUCAUUUAAUCUG